AUGCGGCCUGCAACACCCUCCGACGAGCCCGCCAUGGCAUCCCUCCUGGCCAAAGCAUUCUUUGACGAGUCGCUCUUUGGCCAGGUUAUGCAUCCAUACCGCGACCAGUACCCAGAUGAUGUCAAGAUAUUCUGGUCAGAAUACCUGCGGAAACACUGGAAGAUACCUAACGAAAGGCUGUUUGUCGGAACGACGACGGUAGAUGGAGCAGAGAAAGUUGCCGGCGUGGCUAUUUGGCGCCGAGACGGUGACGACGAUAGGAAGCGUAGAGUGGAGAGCGAGUGGGUUGAUGUCGGCAAGUGCCAUUGUACAGAUGCCUUUCAGCCCCUUCCUUCAACUCAAAAUCGCGCUCUGGACCCCAGUAAGCGGAAUCUGUUGGAUGAGUCGUUUCCCUACUUCAAGCAUCACUGGGGAGGUAACCGCAAAAACAACUGGUAUCUCGACCUAUGUGGUGUUCAUCCAGACUAUGCCGGCAAGAGGCUCGGACAAGCACUGGUCGGUUGGGGACUCGAUCGCGCAAGAGAAGAGGGUGUCCAUGCAAGUGUCACAGCUAGUAAAGGAACCGACCGAUUCUAUUUACGAUGUGGGUUCGAAGAGGUAGUAGGAAAUUGUACGCAAGGAGUAGGCAAUCCGAUGAACAAGGCCGGGGUUGAAGGUGGUGAUGUACUGUUCAUGUUUCCCAAACGGAAGCAGUAG